ACUACCGAGCCAUACGUUCUGGAAUCACCAUUACAUUCAUCCUGUGCGUUCUGUAGACAAGAAGUCAUCGUUCAUAUAGUACAAAUUUGAAGAGACUUUUACAAUGGAUCAAAGCGCCCAUGGUUCUCAACAAGCGAUACCUGGCUGUUCGAAAAACAUGCCCAUGAAUCAAACUCAUUCGAUGACUGAUAAUGCGGUAGCUGGUGGAUCUUCAAGCUCCAAUACGUAUAAAAAUCCUGUCCCGAGUUGCUCGAAAAAUGUUUCACUUGCUCCAACGAACUCUAAAAAAGAUGACGAAAAUAACCACAAAUUAUUCUUGAUAGUUUAUAAAUUUUUACAACAACAAAUGGCUGAAAACGAUAGUUUAAGUGCUCUACAAAAAGAAUCUUUGGAAGUUACGAUUCAAUGUUUGGGAUACGCGUUUCAGUUUUACGAAUUUGAUAAUCCUGAUAAUAAUUUGCAAACGCUGUAUGAGUUUUUCGAGAAACAUAAAAAUGAAUUCGCUCAUAAAAAAUAUGAAAUGGAUUCCGAUAGUGAACAUGAAAUCACACCCGAGGACAUUGUUAAAGCAGAAGAAUACAAAGAAAAAGGAAAUCAGUUUAUGCGUGAAGAAAAAUUCCAAGAAGCUCUCGAGUGCUACGACAAAGCCAUACGCUUAAAUCCCGAUGAACCAGCGUUAUAUUGUAAUCGUGCAGCCACCUAUAAUAAUUUGAAAAAAUUCAACGAAGCAAUAGAAGAUUGUAAUAUGGCAUUAUCUUUGAAUCGGUCCUAUGCCAAAGCCUAUAUUAGAAAAGGGUUCGCCUACGAAAGGUUGAAAAACAAUAAAAAGGCGCUGAAAAGCUAUAAAAAAGCUUGUCAAUUAGAACCAGAGAACGAGCAUUAUAAAAAUUUGUACAACGAUGCGAGUAAACGGCUUAAACAGAAGCAAGAUGAAUCUACGUCUACUUAUAACACCAUGUUUUUAGGACCGAGCGUCUCAUCGUUACCUUUCGCGCAACUUCCUGAAUUCGAUAAUUUAAUGCAGUCGCUGUUUAGUUCAGUGGAAAGGCAAUGAGACGGUGUUCGGAAGUGCUCGUAUGGUAUUUUUUUGGAAGUUUGAAAAUCGUUUUUGAUAUGUUUAUAUUUUAUAAGACUUUAUUUUUUUGAGAAAAUCCAUUUUGUUUUUGAAAUAGUGUUGUAGAAUAAUAUUUAUCAACCUAAUACAUAAUUCUUGGCGAAGAAAAAAAAUGGAGAUGUAUCUACAUCUACAUCAUAAUUUAAAAUGCACUUUUACUUACAGUUCCAUCGUGUAAAAUCGAAUUUAAAUUCCGAAAAGAAUGCUUUUGCAUUAGGCAUUGAUGGUAUCAUUUUAAAUGUAUGUUACAGAAAUUUAAACUGAAUUUUGUAAAUGUGAUACAAUAUGUGAUUUUAUUUGAAAAAGAAAUUUUGGUUGCGUUGGAUUUGAUAUUCGUAUUUUUCAUAACUUUCACAGUAAUCGUCAAAUCACAAGCAAAAUAAUGAUUAUAUGUAUUUAACGCAAUCUGAUUAUUUUAAUUGUAUUGUACAAUUUUUUGGUGGUUAUGAAAUAUGGUAAUACAUAGUUUGAAAAAUUGAAGAAUUGACGGUGUUCAUGAUUUUUUAUCAAGGUUACCGUUCAUGUCUCUCGUGAAUUAACACUACGCGUUGCAGGUAUUUAUUUUUUACGAUAAAUUUUGAAGUACUUAUUCGUAAUAUUUAUGUUGUUACAAACUGCAUCAUACUUUUUUGGUAAUUUUGUUUUAUCUUAUUCAAUUAAUGGAAAUAUAAAUUUAUUCGAACUCUCGAAUUUAUUGAA